CUCUUCUGGGUUUUUCUGGGCCUGCUUUCUGGCCCACAGACUCUUUUCGUUUCUCUUUCCUCUUCUGUUUCCUUUCUUGAGAUAUAAUUUCGGCAGCUUCCCCCUCUUAUUAGGCCCUAAUGCGAUAGGUAGGUAGGUAGGUAUUUCACUAUGCUUCCCAUGAUCCUUGCUGGAUUUACUGGAUGCUUCGGUUUGCUAUUUUGUGCUUACCUGCCUUUAUUUGUUAUUUUCUAUUCUUCUUUUUCUUUUUACUCUUUUCUUUUCGUUAUCACGAUGGCGCUCUUCGAACUGUAACACCCCCUUUUGUUAUCGUUAUAUCCUCACUCAUCUCCAGUGUUAUGUUUGAUGUAAUGUUUCUGGUCUCCUUUUUCCCUUUCUUUCUCCCUAUCAAAUCAUAUCAAUUCACGAAGCAGGCUUGGAAUAGGACGAAAUGUUUGAUGCGCGAAUGUGCUUCCUUGGCUUUGGAUUGCUUGUUAUGUCUUAUAUGGAUUGACUGAGUAGCUAGCCUGUUUUCCCUGUUUUUGACUUCAAGCUUGAUUCUCAUUUCAUCGAUCGGUCAGAAUAGGAUAUUUCUUCAUUCCAG